AUGGAAGAACCAGGUCAUAAAAACAGAGCUGAAUGUGAUUAUAAACUGCCAAAACAACCUGACAAAGUCUGUGAUUUUGACGUGCUAGGACCUGAAUGGGGUGAAUGUACAAAGAAGAAUAGUUACGGGUUCCCAUCUUCUUCCCCUUGCGUCUUAUUAAAAUUAAACAAAAUUAUUGGUUGGGUACCAGACUACUACAGAAAUGAAAGCGAGUUGCCUUCCAAUAUGCCUGAAUUUCUGAAGAAUGAAUUUAAGAAAAGUUAUAAUUUGGACCAGAGAAUGCUGAAUACUGUUUGGGUAAGCUGCACACCUGAAGGACCCGCAGACAAUGAAACGUUAGGCCCGAUCCAAUAUUUUCCAAGGCCAGGAUUCCCGGGAUACUACUAUCCGUAUAUGAACCAACCUGGAUACUUGAGCCCCCUUGUUGCUGUACAAUUCAAGAGACCCCCGGGUAUUUAG